AUGGACGUCGACAGAUUAAAGCCUAUUCCCAAUAUCCCAUUUCCACAAUACUAUUCAUUCUUUAUGAAUUGGAAGACGCCUGUGGUGAUUGCUGCUACUUAUGCAAUCGUAAUUCAUUUGCUGAAUCCUAGCCCUGAAGCCGCCAAGGUAUCCCGAGUAGAAGCCAAGAACCGUGGGGUGAAGAACACUUCGAGCAGUAACAAGCUGUUUACAGCAUUCAUUUUUGCACAUAAUUUGAUGCUGUCGAUCUACUCUGGUGUAACAUUUGUCAAUAUGGUCCAAGCAAUGCACAAGUUAUUCAGUCGUUAUUCCGUGCAUGAUGCAUACUGUGAUGUAGAUGGUAUGCUCUGGAACGAUGCUCUCGGUUACUGGGGAUACUUGUUUUAUCUUUCCAAGUUUUAUGAAGUUGUCGAUACAGCCAUUAUUCUUCUCAAGGGUCGUCGUUCAUCACUUUUACAAACAUAUCAUCAUUCUGGUGCCAUGAUUACUAUGUGGUCUGGUAUUCGCUACAGAGCUCAACCUAUUUGGAUCUUUGUCGUCUUCAAUUCGUUCAUUCACUCCAUCAUGUACAUGUACUACGCAUUAACCUCAGUCGGUAUUCAUCCUCCUGGCAAGCGUUAUUUGACAACCAUGCAGAUCUCUCAAUUCUUGGUAGGCAUGUCUACUGCCAUCAGUUACUUGUUUGUGCCCAACUGUUUGUCUACUCCUGGUCAAAAGUUCGCCGUUGGUUUGAACGUGCUCUAUCUUUUACCUUUAACUUACCUCUUUGUUGAUUUCGCUCGUCGUACCUAUGGUAGACGACAAGCUGCUGCAAAGAAAGUGAACUAA